AUGGGCCUGCUCGUUAAACUUAAUCAAAUCCUGCAACUCCAAAACGCAAUCACCAAACUCAAGAUUGAAAACGAAACGUUGAAGAAGCAGAUCGACACUCUCGAAGCAACGGGCAUCAGCCAAGUGCAAAAGGCUCUAGUCGAACGGCUCCGGAUAUUGGAACACGAGAAAAAUCGCAUCGAACGUGAGGGUGAACAACAGCGCAAACAGUACGAGAGGUGUCUAGACGACGUGGCCAAACAGGUGGUCAAAGCGGUCCUGUCACAAAAGGGUCUGCGGGAAGAGAUAUCCUCACUCCAGCACCGCGUCAAAGAGCUCGAGACCGGUAACUGCGCUUUAUCCGCACUUCUGGUGCAAAGGCUUCAGGGUCAGAAGAUCAACUAUUCACCGACCACGAUGCCGGUGGCCGAGAGCCGAUCGGUCAUGUUCGACAUCCACCGAUCGCCGUCCGUGAAAAUGACUAUUGAGCGACCCGCGAGUUGCGAUCUCACCAAGGGGCUGAAGAGAUUAAAAAAUGACGGAUGGCAGGCGGCCGUGUCGUACCACCGACCGCAGUCGUUGAAUCUAGAGAUUUGUUGCUCGCACAACGCUGAAGAGUCGACGAAAUGCGACAGAGUGCUCGGUGACGAGACGCCUGAGAGUGGUAACCGAGACGAAGGUUAUUCGACCAUGUCAAGUGACGUGCAAGGCACAACCGAACCGCCGUCCACCAAAGGUUUGGAAGACGUGAAAGAAGCCAACGAGAACGAAUCGAACUCGCUCAUGGAAUCAUCGCCUUGUUCCAGAGUGAUGAACAGCGAGGACACUGACGUGAUAUUCGUGCCGCUCAGCCUUUCGUUCAGCUUCAUCAACCCACGCCAUAGCUACCCACCGCUGCGCUGUAUGCCAUCGGUGCAUAACAUCAUGCGCAGCUACUCAGACUCACACCUUUUUCUUAAGCUGGCCGCGGCCACGGGUGGUUUCGUCGAGGACGAGGAUCGGACGUCGUGGUACAGCGGCGGCGAGCUGUGGGACAUGGACUAUGUGCAGCACUGGCUCCGGUUGGACGAGACGCGCACCGCCAUCCAGCAACGGAUGGAGUACGAUGCUGCCGAGUUGGAAGACUGGAGUAUGGACGACGGCACUGGGACGGCGACUGGCUGGAAGCGGAUGUCUGCGGCGGACGGAAAACUGCAACAGUCGUUGCCGUGCAUCGAGGAAGAUGAUGCGACCGGCUCGUCGUCGACGUCCUGUGGCCGAAAAGGUGACCUCCUGCAAGACAUGGGAUCGUCCAGAGACAUGUCGUGGUACCACUUCCAGCAGCAACACCACCACCACCAACAUCAACACCAACACCACCAACAACACCCCUACGUGCAGCAAGGCCAGAUCCAGGUACACAAUCACCAUCAGCACGACUGUCAGCAACAGCAUCAGCAGCAGCACAACCACCACCACCAGCACCACCUUCACCAACACCAGCACCAGCAGCCGUCGUACGGUUCGGGUUCGCCAGGUGGCGACUCAUGGUCAAGCGCGGACGAGUAUGCGGCUGCGGACACGCCGCCGUCCAAGAGGUCUUCUGUCAGCUGCUCCGCGGACAGCAUCGAACUGCUUCCACCACCUGGACCGAUCGCCGGCACCGACUUCACUCGUGACUUUUACCGACUGGUCAAGUUCGAAAGCUCCAAAAGCCUUGCAUCCACCUCGUCACGAAGCGUGACGGGUGGAGGAAGCGAUCAUCGGACACCGCCGGUGGUCGAGGCACAGUUGGACCGCGACCAAGCCUUGCAGAGCGUGUUGGACUUUAUCGCCGAACAGCAGCAGUAUUGCUUAUCCCGGCAGGCCGAAGAUAAACGAGAGCCACCGCGAGUGCCGUUACCCGCUGUCCCAGCCGAGGAGUCCCAUCACUCAGAUCAACCGGGGGCCGAUGUUGGGCCUCAGACACCACCGCCACUACCUGCUCUGCCGACUUCUAAUCCGACACCACCGGUUGUACUGCUGGUGGCGCAUCAGACGUACGACAGUAACAGCUGCAGCGACAACCUGCUCAACUCCAAGGACAGCGGACUGUGUGGCAGUGACGUGGAGAUCGAGUGUCUGCCUGAAGACUGCAGCUACGCGGCCGACCAAUCGCCGACGGCCGCAUCUACACCCCUUUCCACGCUGCUCAGGACCGUGAUGGAGGAAGACGAAGAGGCGUCGGCCAAGUCAACGUCCCCGCAGCCACCGUCGUCGUCCACCGGCGCUGGCGGUUCGAGCAGCGGUUGUACGGCCGACACCACGGUGUGCAUGGUCACAGCAUGGGCGGCUGCGUCGUCCAAGGAUCUGAUCGACCAACUGAACUGGAUGGACGGUUGCGGUGGAGGCCACCCCCUCUUUGGCACGUCUCCCGAGGAUGACGUCGUCGAACGUCGCUCUCCGUCGUCGUCACCUGACCUGGACGAGGCGUGCUGUUGUCCCACCGGAUGGGUUCACGUCGAACGAGACAUAGACUUCGCCGACCCAAAGGAACGAGCCAAUCUGUUGGACGUCAUGUUGGCGUCCAGUCGGAGUUCGUCGAGCAGCACGAGCAGCUCGUCGACGGGCGAGGAUGACGACGACAGCAGCUGCAGCAGUGGCGUCAGUGGUGGGACCUGCAGUGGCGAGAGCUGCAGUGGCAGGGCUGGCGGUGGCUGCAACGACACGACCGACGACAGUAGCGACGACGAACGCGACCCAAACGACGACGACGUCGCUCGCCUGGUCAGCAGACGGCGGACCACCGAGGCCGGAAUCGAUGCUUCAAACGAGGAAUCGUACAACCGCCUGCACAAGUUGCACCGGGUGCGCAGACAGAAAAAAGCGUCCGCCAUCCGCGACGGUUUCGGCGUGCUCCGGUGCCCGGCAGCGGGACUCCGACAGUCGAUCGUAGGCCGCAGCGACUUCUUCGUCCGGUUCGGCGACAAGGAGCGAGAGGCCAUCUCCAACUUUGACUUCCUGGACGACCUGUCCACCACAUCGCUGAGCACCGACUCGAGCGACCGCCCGCCGUCGCCCCGCCGGCCGGCCGCGUCCACGCCCGAGACCGCGUCCGCCUCGGCCACCAGCCGCCACGGCAAAUACUACUCGUACACGUGUUCCUCGUCGGCCACCGCGGCGGCCGCAAACGCCGCGAUGCCCGGCCACCGGCGGCCGUCCACUUCGUCGUCUGUGCUGCCAGCCGACUGCCGGCGACAACGGCGCCGCCGCUACUCCGGCCUGUCGCUGAGCGAUUCGUGCGGCGACUCGGACUGA